AUGAUAUGCUCUUGGGAUUGAUCAAAAUUAUUGGUAUGACAAAUAUUUGAUGGAAAAUGACGCAUUGAGUUUACAAACUGGUCUGAUGUUGCUUUAAAUGUUCAUUGCUGUAACCUGUCGCACAAGUCAGUCAGUGAUGUGGAUCUUGUCCUGUGUUUGUAUCUGAUGUAGGCGCAUUAGUGUUCGACUAUUGACCGGAAAGGAAAGUCCCCUCAUGGACAAUAAAGUAAAGCGCACACAGACCAAACAAGUCAGGCUGGUCCAAGAUAAAUGCAAACCAUGUCCCAACUGUCUUUGCUCAACUCUGGUUAAGUCUUACCCAAACCUGUUCAACUGCCAGACCACACAGUCGUUUCUCCCUUGGCAUCCACCGCACCGUGAGCGCCGCGCCGUCAGAUCCAGCGAUGGAGUUCUCUGUCCGAGCAGCACGCGUGGAGGACUGCAAGGACAUCAGGCGGCUGAUCUUGACUUGGAGCGGGACGGCUUCUCCGAGAACCCGUUCUACCACUGCGUCAUCGCCGAGGUGCCAGAACAGCACAGAACCAAAGGAGGCCACACAAAGAUAGGCUAUACUACGUACUUCUAUAACUACAACACAUGGUGUGGCAGAACCAUCCAUAUGGGGGAUUUGUAUGUGAUGCCUGAGUUCAGAGGGAAGGGCAUCGGCAGAGCACUGAUGAGCAAAGUAGCACAGCUCGGCCUGGCCGCCGGCUGCCACCAGCUCAACUUCACCAUCUUUGACUGGAACAAAUCCGCUCAGGACUUCUAUCUCCGACAGGGCUGCAUCGACAUCACAGCGAGCACGGGCAAACACUUCAUGCGUUGCGAGGGAGAAGCGCUCGAGCGCCUGGCCCGGCCGUGACCCAACGCUGUGGGCGAUGACGCCGUGACCUUUAUGGUGUUUUGUUUUGUUCCAAAUUACCUUCUUCUUGUCCGAACCGCAAAAUAUAUCAACAUAAGUCAACGUGUGUAGACUUUUUGUCUCAUUAAACACUUCAAAACUGAUGACAUCUCCUGUCAGUUGCGUCAGACUGAAGUUGCUGUGCCUUCAGCUCGUUGUGAGUAAGAUGCAGUGGCACUCUGGCUCAAAUGAUUGACUGAAAUGAACUCAGUGGCGUUAACUCCACGACGAUGGGACGCUGGAAUCAUGAACAAGCGCCGUUCAAUUCAACAACUUAUACUGUAACAUAGUCCUCAGUAGCAGCGUCGUAUCGUACAUAGUCGCCACCUUGUUGCACUCUGACCUCUCGAUGUACAGGUGUUAAAUACGACCUGCCUUAUACAACAGCGCCCCCUUGUGGUAAAAAGCACAAGU